CUCAGACCGCUGCGUUGAGCAACGGAAACGGUAUCAGCAACGUUGGCCGUGUUGCGUCGCGCAGCCACAUGGAGCAGGAGAAACGAAUGCGGCGAGAAAUCGCCAACAGCAACGAGCGACGUCGUAUGCAGAGUAUCAACGCCGGAUUCCAAUCGCUGAGGACGUUGCUGCCGCAUCACGAGGGCGAAAAGCUGUCUAAGGCUGCGAUACUCCAACAGACUGCCGAAUAUAUAUACCAAUUAGAGCAAGAGAAAACACAACUGCUGUCACAAAAUUGCCAACUAAAACGAUUGGUAAAUCAGCACGAGGGUGGCGAUGUACCUAUCAAGAAACGCAAACCCGAUACCCAAGGUGUUGUCGUUAGUCUACCAAUGCACGUCAGCGAGAGCGGCGAUGAGGGCUUGGGCAGCAUGUCCCCCGAGCCGUUGUCGGUAAUCACAGUGACCACAGAGGGACAUUCCGUUGUGAACAGCGAUGUGGUGGAGCUCAAACGACAGCUAGAUAGGGAGCGUCAGGCGAGACUGCAUUUAGAGAAACAAAUGAGAGCAAUUCAGAGCCAGGUGUAUCCAGAGAGAUUCCGAGACAAUCAGCUAAUCGCUUAUCAACCCCACGAGGUGAUCGAGCAUACGGACAAUGUAAUGGCGCAGGAAACGGAGGAGGCAGUAGCCACGCUUCAGGUGGUAUCGGUCAUGUCUUUGCCACCGGUAGGCUCCACUCAAACUGUGGAGACGUCCAGUCCGGAUCCAAGCUCGCCGCCCUUGUCGCCGCAACCGGCUGAGAUGGUGUCGGAAGAGAUCAAAGAGGAAGAGUCACGCGCGAGUACCCCCAAGAUCGUCGCCUUCACCCAGAAUCAGGUGUUCACGGCGAUGGAAGAGCCAACUACCGCGGACUCGUUCUCGUCAUCGAGUCGCGUCACGUACGCUACUUCGUCCUCCGCAGAUUUCAAGACUGGCUCACCUCAGUUCAUCACUGCGAGUCCUAGUAGGCCCUUCUCACCGGUCGCUGAACCACGGCUACCAAGUGUUCUAGAGGCCGCGAUGAAGGCUGAACCCAAAGUCGAGGUGGAGAGGUUGCCUUCGCCAUCAAGCUCUCUAGACGAUGGUACGUCGCAAGCAAGGUUAUACAUCGCGAACACGUCUCGACAGAAUUUAGAAACAAUCGUCGAGGCGAUACGUCAUCUAGAGGGUGACCAUCUAUUCAGCGAUGAACCCGCGCAGGAUGUGCCACUGGCACUGACCAAUAAGCAACAGCAACAACAACUGCAACAGGCGACGGCGAACUCAACGUCAACGAAAUCUGCGACUACGACUUCUUCUUCCUCUUCACCCUCGACGACGUCUGCCACGGCAGCAUCCGCGAAACAACGGAUACUUCACGCCGAGCGUUUCCUCCAAUUUCAUACGCAACAGCAGACCCAGCAGCGACCUGGCGUGAUUGUGGUGAAGCAUUCGUGAUCCAGUAACACCCCGCACUCCGUACAUUGAACUACACAUUCAAAACGACGAUGUACUCGCCUCCAUCGCGCGAAAUCAUCGUGGUUUAUCAUUCGAAAAUGAGGAAUCCCUUUCAACCAAUCCAAGAAAACGUUCGCAGAAACAG